AUGACUUUCUGGAAGGAAGACCUCGAAGAGUUCGAGCUGUUCAAGCCGCGGCCCGCCGAAGGCUCCACAGGCAGGCCUCGCCCGGACCUCGACGAGGAUUACGACGGCGACGAUGGUCAAGUCCAACGAGGUCUACGGCGCAAGCGUCGUGCACCCUUGGGCCACAGAUUCAGACGGUCUGCCUGCCGUUGGAUACUGGACACCACAGCCACCCUUGUCUCCACGGACGGUGGCCCCGGCCUACGCCCGGACAACACGCUGCAGCCGGACUCCGAGGGCCGCUUCCCCUGCAUGCCCACGUGCCUCAGCUGCAGACUCGACCUCUCCAAGAAAACGCCCCUCCUCCCUCGGUGCGCUCUGGCCAAUGACAACCUCAUCUUGCGAGAACCUGUCGCAUUCCGGAAGAACGGUGCGAAGCUCUCCCCCAUGACGUUCGCCAUGCUCGCCCUCGAGCUCGUGACCCAUGCCCUACCUGCCGAACCUGAAGUUUCUCAGCAGUUCUUCGCAGACGGCCUCUCCAUCGCACUUGCGGGAGCAUCCGUAGACGACUUGGACAAACAAGCCACUGGCGUUCAAGCUACCACCCACACGCCGCACCUCAUCCUUGGGCCAGCCACGCUCGACGCGCCCGAAGUCCCCGUGCCAGAAAGCAUCGUCACAGAAGACGGGAGGGCCAUGGAGGAUGCAAGCGCCAGCACGAAGCCCAACGUCCAGCACGACCCCGCGCCACCGCCCGAAAACCAGCGCCCCGUGACCGCAGAGACCGCCGACGACCUUUGCCCCGACUCCGACGACGUCAACCUCCACUGCGCCGCAACCGACUUCUCCACGGGUGCGCUGGAUGCUGACCGAGCGGCUUGCGAGUUCGCUGCCAAGCUCGAGCUCCUGCCCUCCAAACUUUCCACAGAUGCACCCACCACCGUCGUCGCCACCGACAUUGAGUCCCUGCAGGCCUUGGCAAAUCACCUGAACACUGACGAAUACCGCAAGCAAUAUGACAGCGCUUUACAGGCCAUGGACGCGGCAGAAGGCCGAGAGAAUGGCGUCGCAUGCUCCUGCUACGUGCUGAGCUCCGCUAUGAAGUCCACGCAGCUCUGCCACAUGACUGCCCUCUUGCCAACCCAACCACGCUGGGCUGCCGAUCUGGACUUCCUGUGCGUCCUGCACGACUCCUGGCGAAGGAUGGAGUUCACGCCCCGAGCCGGAGCCCACGUACGACGUAGAGGUUUCCAAACCAGCGUGAACCUUGUCUGCCAGGCCACGGGGACCCAACUCCGAUCCGCCUUCGACUCCAAGGGUGACAAAGCCGGCUUCCGAGAGCGCUUGUUUCCGGACAACGCUCCCGCCUCGUUGCGGGAGGCCGUGCGAAACCUCCUCUUCUUCAGCAACGACGUUGUCGGUUCCGAGGGUGCUCGUCAACAGCUUCGCCACGAGCAGACGGGGGACAUGCUCCGAUUCGGUGGCAUAGGAGGCUUCCUCAUCCCGAACGACCUGGACAGCGACGGCGAGCCGAUCUCGAGCAUGGCCGAGGAGGCCCUCGUCCGGCGCGUGGCCGAGGUGGCCGAGCGGCUGCGCGGGGCGGAGGAGGCCGCGAGGAGGUCUUCGGACCCCGACACCUUCAUCGGCACGUUGGCGCGGUACGACCCGGACCAGGGCUUCGGCUUCGUGGUGUGCCCUGAGUGCGCGUCCCGGUGGGGGAAGAACGACAUCUACGUGGGACAGAAGAACGUCCUCGAGAACGGGCUGGAGAUUGGAGACGUGAUAGCUUUCCGGGUUGAGGACAACAACGGGAAGCCAAGGGUCGCCAUGAACCCGAAGGUCCUGAAGGAACCAGUGCGGUUGAAGAAGAAGCUAUUGAAGCUGAGAGAGGCAGCCAGGACCGCGGCGGCGAAGCGCCCCGCCAAAGUGACGGGCGUCGUCGUGCCACCGCCCAAACGCGCCGCUCUCGGGGCCGGGCUGCUCGCGAGGGAGGGGUGA